GCGGCGUGGACCCAGUGACUUAACCUGGCCUACACUUCAUCACUCAAAUGUCCCGUGGCCGUGAGUUCUUAGGUCAAGGGCAAAAGCUGCCUGGCAGCAGGCUUGAUGCAGCACCAAGUGGCCAUCGUCACCGGCGGGGGUACGGGCAUCGGAAAGGCCAUCGCGACCGAGCUCCUGCAUCUAGGCAUAGUGGAGCUGCCAGAGAAGGUGUUUACAACCUCACCAAAUCCUUAGCUGUGGAACGGGCCAGCAGUGGAAUAAGCAUCGAUUGUGUUGCCCCUGGAACCAUUUAUUCCCAGACUGCUUUUAACAACUAUGGUCAUUUGGCAAAAGACUUAUUUGAAGGGUACUUUCAGAAAAUCCCAGCUGAAAAAGACUUGGAGCUCCUGAGGAGUGAUAACAAUCCAUAUUCUUGCUUCGGAGCCACACUGGUGAGGGAAGAUGAAAAGAAUCUGUGGAGCGUGCCUCGCGAUGUGUCCCACACAGAGGCAGACGACGACAGGAUCCUCUACAAUUUGAUCGUUGUUCGUAAUCAACAGGCCAAAGAUUCAGAGGAGUGGCAAAAACUCAACUAUGAUAUCUACACCCUGCGACAGAUUCGAAGGGAAGUGAGAAAUAGAUGGAAACGCAUUUUAGAAGAUUUAGGUUUUCAAAAGGAAGCAGACUCUUUGUUGUCAGUGACAAAACUCAGCACCAUCAGUGAUUCUAAAAACACAAGGAAAGCUUGGGAGAUAUUGUUGAGACUGGCUGAAGAGACCAAUAUUUUCCCAACCAGUUGGGAGCUUUCGGAGAGAUAUCUCUUUGUUGUGGACCGUCUCAUUACACUCGAUGCUGCGGAAGAAUUCUUUAAAAUUGCCAGUCAAACUUACCCCAAGAAGCCUGGGGUCCCAUGCCGGGCAGAUGGCCAGAAAGAACUGCACUACCUUCCCUUUCCGAGUCCCUAAGGGAGAGGCUACGAGGCAGAAUGGGAUUUCUUCCACUGGAACUCAACAGCCUACCAAAGUUGGACAGAUGCAUGUAAAAGAGAAUGAGCAAGAAGAGGGCUAGCUAAGAGAAAAAGGAUUCUGAGUCCUACAAAAAUCUAAGCGUUGGCCAUCAUGAGGACUUGACCAUAUGAAAGUUGAGGCUGCGUUGAAACGCCCUGGUGAUCUUGCAUCAGAGAGUUGGCCAGUGGGAUAUUUCAUCAUGGGUGAUUAGAUUCCAAGAACCCAUUGCCCCCAUUUUGGUUUUGGUUGUACAAUAAGCUCUAGCCACUAAUCCUAUUGGGAGAAUAAGA